AUACUAAGACUUGCCCCUCGGUUUCACAAAUGCUCCUACAAGUUGCCUCGAUGUUAUUUCUCACUUCAACUCGACCGCCUCAUCAAAUAUAUGACCUUAAUACCUGACUGCGGCCCACGCCGUGUUUUUUCUCAUAUUAGUGACUAGAUUUUCUAGUACCAUGUUAAGGGGAACAUGGUAUAUUUUUCAAUUUUAUAAAUAAAUACUUUUUUUAUAAUAUUUAUUUGUGUACAUACUAACCACCAUGGACUCCUUUCUUCCCAUGGGCGGUUUCCAACUGCCCUUCCAACGUCGACUUAGCAGGCUUUACAAUGACACGAAAAAAUCUUCGGACUUUGUGAAGGAGUCCGCUCCGAGCCUGGACGACCCUGAUAUCAAAGCUCUACACCGCAAACUACGCAUUCAAAAGGACCGCCUUGUGAGUUGGGGCUUGGAGUGGUCAGACCCGAAUCAGGCCGCCGAAAUUGAUGAGUCCUUAUCUCAAGCAGGCUUAAGCGACCUUGUGGGUAGUAUUAUGGCAACUAUUAAGGAUAUUCUUGCUGAGGCCGAGCCCUUGUGGCUUGCUUCAAGGCAAAAUGUUGGAAGCGGGAAGACCUCGGAAAAGGCAUCUGGCGAUCGGAAGGUUCCCCUGAUCGUUUGGGAUAAGGGAAGAUUCGAAGAUCUUGUGAAGGAUUUAACGGCUUCUAUCGAUACUCUUUGCGACCUCUCUAGGACGCGGUCGUCUGCUGCAGUUCCUUCAAGACCUACUGGAGCGAGGUCAUUUAAAUCCACCACUUCAACCGAAGAUCUGCGGCUGUAUAGUUCUACUAGGAUUAGGACCCCGCAGCAGAUCGAUAUUCGAACUCUAACAAGUCUAAAAUCGAUGCAAGUCACACCGAUAUCAGAGACCGAGACGGCACGAGAUCGGAAUCAAGAGAUAUUUUUUAUGAGCAAGCAAGCCUAUGGAGAUUUGGCCCAUCGACAGGGACCACAACCUUCAUCCCCUCUACUUGUAGAGUAUGCGCCAUUUGACCCGAUAUAUUCCGCAACCGGUAUCAUGCCCGAUAUGUCUCGAUUCGAGAAACUAAGCGCCGGUCUCCAAACAGAAUCUCAAAGAUCCCCCGGCUCGUGGAUCGGUCUACCUCUUCUUUUAGGCUACUAUGAAGAUAUGGCUGAAUCGAGAUUGGCCUUGAUUUACCAAUUCCCCCCCGGCUUUAACCCGGUUACCUUUGAGAAUCUUACCCAAAACACUCUUGACAACCUGUGCACGCUAAGGGGGCUCCUCAAUAAGCCAGAUUUUGAACCAGUGCUGGAGGCUAAGUUCCGCCUUGCUCAUAAUCUCGCCAACACGGUAUUUGACCUACAUGCUCGAGGAAUCACUCACGGAAACCUUAGUGCAUCCGCAAUAUCCUUCUGCAAUACUGUUGGAAACGAUCCCGGUCUACCAGUAGGUGAGGUGGAUGUCAGAAGACCUCUGGUGUCGUCGUUCGAUGUCUUCCCCGAGGAAACAACACACAACGAGUCUCAGCCCACUUUUCCGUUACAUCGUCACCCACUUGAUCCUCGAACAACUAGUCAAUCGCCCCUUACACCGAACAGUGACACUAGAACUCUCGAUUUAUACUCAUUGGCUAUGCUACUCGUCUCCAUCGGUCUCUGGACUCAGCUCGAAAACCUCGUACCGAGUCGGACAUCUCCCAGCAUCUCAGAAUCGGUUCUUCAGCAACUGGCGAUACGUUGCGGUACCCCAUAUAUGAGAGCCGUCCAGGCGUGUUGGAACGCUGUUGACCAAGAACUUGCGCAUCCAGGCUCUACCGAGGAGAUUAUAAGUCAAACCCAGAUUAGGGUCAGUCGUUAUUUGGAAGCCUGUUGUAUCUUGGAUAGUAUAAGCGGAUUGGAUGAGCAGCUGGGCGAUGACCAGGACAGAUUUUCUUCCGGGGGUGGGAGAGUCGGGCCUACGACCGAGCCUCUCGCAGGCCCGUCUGCAAGCACCCGAAUUGCUCGUCAAACUACGUUGCAGACAUUGACAAGUAGGGAAACCUUGGAAUCAACUAAGGGUGACAGCAAGGAAACUACUAAAUCCGAGAAACCUGCGGAGACUACGCCAGAGCCCUCAAAGACCCAGCGACCUAAGCUUCGACUCUACCCCCAAGUUCCACUCUCGACCGAGGUGAUCGAACAAUGGCACAGUACCCUUAUGCCCCAAAUCAACUUAGCCUUGCGACACUUUUACCGCAAGAACCCCGAGUCUGUGGAAAUCUCACUCGAAUCUAUUGGUGAAUCGCCUAAUAAAACCAAACCGACCGUAUUGGUUGUCUGUACUUCGGUGAGCAAGGUUCGAGCUAUAUUAAAUAAGAAACUUGGCGUAUUUUUCGACGGAACAGGAUUUGGCCUGAAGGUCUGUCGUGGGUCCAUGGUACGGUCUCGAAAGGGACCAUUAAGAAGCAUGACCAAGAGUCAGUAUUCUGGUGCGGCUGAAAAUGAUGGAGACGAUCCUGAGGCUGCAAACCCCGGCUAUCAAGAGAGGCCGCAGAAUGGUGCCAGUAUUGGUGCAUGGAUAGGUGACAAACACCUCCCGCCCGUUAGUUUUGGGGGCCUCCUCAUCAUUGAUGAUAGGCCAUAUGGGAUGACAGUCCAUCAUAUGUUAGACGAUCCCGAAGCUCAGUUGUACCCCUCCGAUCUGCCUGAGGAACCUAAAAGGGCGAAUGCCCCUCCCCGUCGUAGCAUGACACACCCUCACGAAGGAGAAUCCUCAACCGACGACAGCAGCGACGAUUUUGCAGAAGAAUUCUCAGAUUCUGAAUCGGAAUUUUCGGCUACGGAUAUCACUAGUGACGACGAAGAUGAUAGUGAUGAGGAAGAAUACACUGAUCCUGGCGACAUCCCAGGCGUAGAGCCAGGCUGCGGAGACGGAUAUAUAGUUACCCAACCUGCCUUUGACGACGUACCCGAGGGGUUCUAUCCCUCGGAAGACACUAUGGAUGAGGAUCACAUAGAUACGUAUAGACUCGGUGAAGUUUAUGCCUCAUCCGGCAUACGUCGACGCAACGAGCACGGAUUGGUUCACGAGAUUGACUGGGCCCUAUUCGAUUUUCAAGACGAGAGACUACCAUCGGAUAACCUGAUCCCUCGUGCUGCAUCUGCUAGUGCUCAAUCGACAACUUCGGUGGGGACCAUAAAUCCCACAGAAGUAGUCCCAGCAAAGUCUCUGCCGGGCCUAGAAGUCCAAUGUAUCGCACGUACAAGCGGAUUGCAAAUGGGCCAAAUUCUUCCCGCUCUGACUUCCGUUAAGAUUUACGGCCGAUCAUCUCCCAGCCAUACCUACCAAAUCAGCGGCAGGUGUUCGACCUCGCGCGGGUACCGCAUCCCAGCCACAGAGGAUCCACCUAAAAUAUAUCCCCGCUCCACCCUUCCCUUAGGUGUUCCCGGCGACUCGGGCGCGUGGAUUGUCGAUCGGCCAUACGGCCGGCUAUGCGGACAUGUUCUGGCUUGGAGUGAGAGGAAGCAAGUGGCAUACAUAUGUCCGAUGGAAGUCCUACUUCUCGAUAUCGCAGAGACGUUGGAGGCAAGGGAUGUGCGGCUUCCAGGAGGGAAGACGGUGGUCAGCAUGAUUGAGCGUGAAACCGACGAUGUGGUGGAGAUUUCGGAUGGGGAAGACUGGGGUGCAGCUGGAGAGGAUGAAGUUCCGCAGCUGCAAGAAGUAUACGGGGCGAGUAGUGGUGCCGAGACGAAAAGCAUUGGAAGUACGGGGGGACCCCAGGUUGGGAAGAGGCUCUCGGCUGUUAAGCGGGAGCAACGGUACGGUCAUCGUGACGAGGGUACGGCGUUGGCUGCUGAUGUGGAUAAGAUGCACAUAUAAACGCACCUCGGUAAAUACGGAUGACACGAUAGGACACAUGGAGGUCUAGAUGGGAUGGAAUGAGGCGAUACGAUAAUGACGACAGAUACCCCCUUUU